GCUCGGCAUCACGAACUCAGACAUACGCCGUCAAUCGCAUUUGGACCAGCGACACGAGGACUCGGUCUCGAAGACACAUACAAUAAUCAAACGCUCUACUCGUCAAUCGACAAACAAAGACUUCAUUUUAAUUUGCGUUAAUCUCGAAACCACCAACAGCCAUGGAUAGCAACGCGAGGCUUGCUGGGGCGCGCAAGCUAUGGAGGGCUUGGAGAACGAUACAUCAGAUGCUCUCAGACAGGGGCUAUGAGCUGUCCGAAGAAGAAUGCAACAUCUCUAUAGAACGUUUCCUUGCCGACUUCACCGAUGGGAACGGCAAUGUAGAUCAAUCAAAACUUACCUUCUCGGCGCGACCCUCGGAUGCCAUGUUAAAACUGCACGCUCGCAUCCCCACACCCACUGAUCCAGACCCUGCUCCCGACUGCGGCUCGAUCUGGGUCGAGUUCAUCAACGAGGAGAAGAUCGGUGUCGGCCGGACCAAGCAGUUCGUUGAGCAGCUUCUUCAAUCCGGCUUCCGCGAUGGCAUCCUGGUGACGCAAGGUGCGCUGUCUUCCGGUGCCCGUCGCGCCCUCAGCGCGACCGGAUCUGGCGACAACAAAGUCGAGGCCUUCAUGUUGGAGGAUCUGCUGGUCAACAUCACCCACCACGAACUGGUUCCGAAGCACGUCAUGCUCAGCAGGGUCGAGAAGAAAGCUCUCCUGGAGCGUUAUAGGCUGAAGGAGACACAGCUGCCGCGAAUUCAGACCAAGGAUCCGGUUGCGAGGUACCUGGGGCUGCAAAGGGGCAACGUGGUCAAGAUUAUAAGGCACAGUGAGACUGCCGGUCGAUACGCCAGUUAUCGUCUUACGGUAUGAGGUAUGGUGGGCCAGUUUUGUUUUAAAUCGAUUGGUCACCUUUUAUUUCUUGUAUUUUUCUCAUCGACUACAGGGAAGCAGGCGUUAAUUAGGGGUGGAACUGGCUUAUACCUAUUUUGUGGGCGGCGUGUUCAUCAAAAGGUCGCUUGUUAGUGCCGGUAGGAAUUGAUGACCGCUUCUUUCUCGGGAUAUGCUCAAUGUCAAAAUGAAAAAAAAAGGGGUGAAAAAAAAAUCAAAAUAAUUCAUCUUUUUUUUAGAAGACGACGGAUGAACCCCUGACGCGAAGAUGGACGCGCUUUCCACCUUCACAUGCAAUCACUCUGUAUUAAAACAUAGGAAUAACUUGAUUACCAGGGUGCCUGUUCUGGCCUUUACACUACUACCUCUCAGGAAC